UUUUUGACUUCUUUUUUUUUUUUUUUCUUCAUUACACACUUCCCGGUUCCCACCCGCGAAAUCCAAAAUUAACGGCUUCAAUUGCCCGCCAAAAGCACAAUCCUAGCCAAAACCAGAUCCACUUGAAAUCACAGUGAACUAAAGUCUAAAGCACUCACCAACAAGAGCGAAAAACAGAGAACCCUGCAUUUCCAGCCCCCAAAUCCUCCACCAUGAAAAUAAAAUCAGUGAAGCUAAGGGAAGCCCACAAAGGAAGUUCCAGUGCCUCGUUCUGCUCCAUCUUGUGGGACCUCCAAGCCCACCACUUGGUGACUGCUUCAUCUUCUGAACCCUCUAUUUCUAUUCACGAUCCUCUUCUUCCUUCGAAUCCGCCUCGGGUUCUCCGCCACCACCGAGAUGGGGUCACCGCUUUGGCUCUGAGUCCCAACUCCACUUGUCUCGCCUCUGGAUCUAUUGAUCAUUCCGUUAAGCUCUAUAAAUUCCCUGGUGGAGAGUUUGAGACUAAUAUCACCAGGUUCACACUGCCAAUUCGUGUGCUUGCCUUUAACAAAUCAGGGAGCAUGCUGGCAGCUGCUGGUGAUGAUGAGGGCAUUAAACUUAUUAAUACGAUUGAUGGUUCAAUUGCUAGGGUUCUCAAAGCGCAUAGAGGACCUGUCACUGGUUUAGCUUUUGAUCCUAAUGGAGAAUACUUGGCAUCAAUUGAUUCCAUUGGAACUGUCAUAUAUUGGGAUCUCCAGUCUGGAAGAACAUUAUAUACCCUUAAAGGUGUAGCUCCUGAUACCGGCUCUGAUACUUCCAUUUUAAAUAUAGUUAGCUGGAGUCCUGAUGGGGAGACCUUAGCUGUCCCUGGUUUGAAAAAUGACAUAGUGAUGUAUGAUAGGGACACGGCAGAAAAGCUGUAUAACUUGAGAGGUGAUCACAUGCAACCUAUAUGUUUCAUAUCUUGGUCACCUAAUGGGAAAUACAUGGCUACUUCUAGUUUGGAUAAGCAAGUUUUGAUCUGGGAUGUUAAUAGGAAGCAGGAUAUUGACAGGCAGAAAUUUGAUGACAGAAUAUGUUGUAUGGCAUGGAAGCCAAUUGGAAAUGCACUGGCUGUCAUUGAUGUCAUGGGAAAGUAUGGAGUGUGGGAAUCCGUUGUUCCUUCGUCAAUGAAGUCUCCUACGGAAGACAUUCCAAGUUCUCGAUCAAAGAACAGUAACGGCCUCCUCUUUUUUGAUGAGGAGGAUGAGGAGCUUAGCAUGUCAGGUAGUUUAAGUGAUCUUGGUGAGGAUAGCCAUGGUGAGUCUGAGCCUCCUAGCAGGAAAAGAUUGCGGAAACAGUCGGUACUUGUUGAUGAUCAGCAUGAAGAUGUUUAUGAUGAGUUAAGCUUGCUUCCAAAAACUGAAUCUCGGAAAAAAGUGCAUCGUGUUAACAAGGAAAAUUCAGAUAAAGAAAAAGAUGGAUUGAGAAGCAUGAUGGCAUUUCGGCCAAAAAUGCAGGAAGCUUUUCAGCCAGGUUCUACCCCUUCACAACCUGGGAAAAGGCAUUUCCUGUGCUACAAUAUGCUUGGAAGUAUAACUACAAUCAAACAUGAUGAAUAUUCCCAUAUAGAGAUAGAUUUUCAUGAUACUAGCACAGGUCCUCGAGUUCCACCUAUGACUGAUCAUUAUGGUUUCACAAUGGCUUCACUAAAUGAAAAUGGAAGUGUUUUUGCAAAUCCAUGCAAGGGCGAGAAGAACAUGAGUACUCUCAUGUAUCGACCAUUUAGCAGCUGGGCAAAUAACAGUGAGUGGUACAUGCGAUUUGAAGGAGAAGAAGUAAGAGCAGUUGCAGUUGGUGCCACUUGGGUCGCAGCAGUUACAAGUCUUAAUUUUCUUCGCACCUUCACUGAUGGUGGUUUGCAGAAACAUAUUCUCUCACUUAAUGGGCCCGUGGUGACAGCAGCAGGCUUUAAAGAUGAGCUAGCAAUCGUCACCCAUGUUUCUGAUUGUCUGCCAUCUAAUGAGCAGAUGCUAGAGUUUAGCAUAUUCAACAUAUCCAAAGGAACCCAAAUCUUCAAAGGUCGUCUUCCAUUAACUCCUGGUUCAUAUCUAACGUGGUUAGGGUUUAGUGAAGAAGGCCAGUUAAGCUCUUAUGAUUCUAAGGGCAUACUAAGGGUUUUCACAAACCAAUAUGGUGGCAAUUGGCUUCCUCUUUUCAGUGCAAGCAAAGAGAGGAAGUCUGGUGAGAAUUAUUGGGUGGUUGGGUUGAAUGCGAGCAAGUUGUUUUGUGUUGUUUGUAAGAAUCCAGAUUCUUUCCCACAGGUUCUCCCUAAACCAGUUCUUACUCUGCUAAACCUGUCAUUUCCUCUUGCUUCCUCUGAUCUCGGAGAAGAAGCACUUGAAAAUGAGUUUAUGCUGAACAACCUGCAUCUCUCACAGAUUCAACAUAGAAUAGAAGUAAUGGCUGGUGAAGACUUGGACGCUGCUUCUCUUGAUGAUGAGGCUUUUGUCAUAGAGGCAGCACAAGAUAGAUGCAUAUUAAGGCUCAUUGCAUCCUGCUGCAAUGGUGACAAACUAGUGAGAGCUAUUGAACUUGUGAAGCUUUUAUCAGUUGAAAAAUCAGUUAGAGGUGCAAUACAGCUUGCAACUGCUCUGAAGCUUCCCAUUUUGGCAGAACAAUUCAACAAUAUACUGGAGGAAAGAUUGAGAAGUAAAACUGAGGUUUUAAACACCUCUCUUCCCAGUUCAAAUUAUGGUCCUUCCGGUAAAGUGGAUCUUGCAGUCAGCAAGGCCUUAACUGCAAUUGAAAGAAGUGAAAUUUCAGAACCAAUUGUUUCAUCAUCUUCAGCUAAACUCUCAGCUGCCCCUCUGUUUACAAAAAAGGUAAAAUCUUCAGAUAGAAUUAAAUUUGGAAUGCAAAAAACAGAUGGUGGUCAAACUGCAAAUUUAGAGGACAGGAAGGUGGUGAAGGAUGCAGAUAAAAAUGCUGGACCUAGCCAUGUGAAUUGUGUGAAAGAGGUUACGAACCUAGAAACUCAACGCCCUUCUAAUCCUUUUUUGAAGUUACAGAAUAAUCGGGAAGGAAAGAAGGUUGGGGAAGUGACUCAGUCACAAUCUCAGGGUCCGUCCAAUCCAAUUUCGAAGUCUUCAAAUGAGGAAGCAAAGAAGGUAGGGGAAGUAACAGGGGUACAAUCUCACCGUCCUUCCAAUCCAUUUUUGAAAUCUACAGUUAAGUGAAGUGUUAGUUUUACAAGAAACAAGGCCUAAUUCAGGCAAUACAAAGGUGAAACAGGCAUCAUCACUCCUCAGGCACACUCUGUGGAAACCAUCCUAGUUUUAUGGGUGAGAAUAAAAGGAAGAAAUGCCUGUUCCUACUUAUUGGUGAAGUUAUUUGGUGGGUUUUGUGGCCCAUGGUAGUUUCACUUGAUGUUUUAGUUGCAGCAAAUUGAUGCCACCUAAUGUUAAACUAGAUAUUAGUAGUUAUCUUGGAUUAUGGUUAAGAACACUCUUGGCGAAUCAUCAAAAGCUGAGUUCUGGCCUGAAAUUUGUAAUUUUAGUAGAUAGAUUAUUCCUUGGAGGGUAAAUGGUAAUUCAAACUGAUGUCUGGUAGGCUAAGACAUUUCUUAGCUCGUGUAAACUCGCUGAUCAUGGCAUCGAAAGACUGUACCCUCUUUUUCCCCAAGCUUCGAGCUAGCCUGCAGGCUGACAGCGCAAGUAUAUACCCCUUUGCCUCAAGGUUCGAUAUAAACCUCGUCUUGGAACAAAGGUUCUAUCAAUUCCCAGCAUUACGAACUUCUAAGCCACCUCAGGACACUGAAAAAUCAACUCACGGAUAUCAUCAAUAUUUUGGUUUUUGACUAAACAUGACAGGCUUCUAUAGAAUUCUGUCAAGCUCAAUGCGUUAGAUUCAACCACUUGUAAACUACAUUUGUUGUUGUAAUGCAAUUAUACUUUGAUAA